ACAAUCUCAUCCGUUCUAAAUAACUUCAUCAAAACUUCUUUCUGGUCAGAGUGAAGCAAUAAUUAUUAUUGACAAUUAUUAGCGAUCAAUAAGCUAGAUCACAUUAUGGCGAGCACUAUUAAGGAAGCUUUAUCAGUUGUAAGUGAAGAUCAGUCUUUAUUUGAGUGUGCCUACGGGACUCCCCAUCUUGCUAAGUCGGAGAUGACAGCUUCUUCUUCCAGUGAAUAUGGGCAAACAUCAAAGAUGAGUCCACGUGUCCCCCAGCAGGACUGGUUAUCCCAGCCUCCAGCCAGAGUUACCAUAAAGAUGGAAUGCACCCCAAAUCAAGUUAAUGGCUCAAGGACUUCCCCUGACAACUGCAGUGUGACAAAAAGUGGAAAGAUGACUAACAACACUGAAAAUGUUGGCAUGAACUAUGGAAACUAUAUGGAAGAAAAGCACAUCCCUCCACCGAAUAUGACCACCAAUGAACGAAGAGUUAUUGUUCCAGCAGAUCCCACAUUGUGGAGCACAGACCAUGUACGCCAGUGGCUAGAAUGGGCUGUCAAGGAAUAUGGCCUCCCAGAUGUGGACAUCAUGCUAUUUCAAGAUAUUGAUGGAAAGGAGUUGUGUAAGAUGACCAAAGAUGACUUCCAGAGGCUCACACCAAGCUACAAUGCAGACAUUCUUCUUUCACAUCUACACUACCUCAGAGAAACUCCUCUUCCACAUUUGACUUCAGAUGAUGUUGAUAAGGCUUUACAAAACUCUCCACGGUUAAUGCAUGCUAGAAAUACAGGAGGUGCAGCAUUUAUUUUCCCAAAUACUUCAGUUUAUCCUGAAACACCACAAAGAAUUUCCACCAGACCAGAUAUACCUUAUGAACCAGCCAGGAGAUCAGCAUGGACAAGUCAUGGUCAUCCUGCUCCUCAGUCAAAAGCUGCCCAAGCAUCAUCUUCAGCUGUGACCAAAACAGAAGACCAGCGUCCUCAGUUGGAUCCUUACCAAAUUCUUGGUCCAACAAGCAGUCGUCUUGCAAAUCCAGGAAGUGGGCAGAUACAGCUAUGGCAGUUUUUGUUGGAGCUCUUGUCAGAUAGCUCCAAUUCUAACUGCAUCACCUGGGAAGGUACCAAUGGAGAGUUCAAGAUGACAGACCCCGAUGAAGUUGCACGACGCUGGGGAGAAAGGAAGAGCAAACCCAAUAUGAACUAUGACAAGCUCAGUCGUGCUCUCCGUUAUUAUUAUGACAAAAAUAUAAUGACUAAAGUCCAUGGUAAGCGUUAUGCCUACAAAUUUGACUUCCAUGGAAUUGCUCAAGCCCUUCAGCCACAUCCUCCAGAAUCAUCCAUCUAUAAAUAUCCAUCAGAUCUGCCCUACAUGAGUUCCUAUCAUGCACACCCCCAGAAAAUGAACUUCGUUGCUCCUCACUCUCCUGCUUUGCCUGUUACUUCUUCCAACUUUUUUGCUGGACCCAGUCCAUACUGGAAUUCACCAACUGGAAGUAUCUAUCCUAACUCUAGGCUCCCAACCACUCAUAUGCCUUCUCACCUUGGCACUUACUACUAAAGAGGGAAAAAUAUUUUAAAGGAUAUUUUUUCCUGGAAUACAAGGAAUUACAGCCAGAGAAUCUGAACAGCCUGAAAGACUGACAGCAUUGACCAGGAUAUAAAACAAACUUUUAUAUAUAUAAAGAUUAAAAAGUGUAAAGAUGCUACUAAAUAUGUUGACAUCAAAUCUAAACAUGAAAUAAUGAAAUACACUUCUAGGUAAACGUUUGUAAUGAAACUAGAAUAUGGGGCCAGAAGAGAUUUAUAAGAUUGUAUGUCUUUUUUCAUAUCACAGUAAAGCAAUAUAAGGAUAAUUCUAUUAUGAACUUGGAUACAGUACAUGAAUAUAUAAAUGCAUAAAAAAGCUAACUGUAUUUUUUUUACAAAAAACAAAUAUGUAAAAAGUGGGAUAAAUAUUUGUCUAGAGCAGAACCUGAUUCUGAGUACAAAGGUUUUGGUUGGGAUAAAGUGGCAUGUAUUUCAUUAAGAGGGAAGGAUCAGCUAUUUCAAAACUGUGAACAUAAUGCAAGCUAAGGUUUCUUGAUAAUGUUACAGAGCUCUGAGCCAAAUAUUGGGAUUGAGAAUGUGCUAAGGGCAAGUGUAUGAUUAUAGACUAAGGGUUAAAAUACCAGGAAGUUCUCCUGUGCAAGCCCUGUUGCAAUCAAUAGGAGCUCACAAGAGCACUGCUGUAACCCUGUGUCUGAUAAAAUGUAGAGGAAAGGAGUAGGACGGCACGGGGUGAUAAAGGUGAAGGAGAAGGCAUUUCCUCUAAAGAUGGGGAAAACGGACAGUUUUUGAACUGAAGAAUUGUUUGCUUGGACAUGAGAAAUACCAUACUAUGUAUUAAGCCAUUUUCAGUAUUAUCGAAGAAAAAACUUUAUUUUUGAGUCAGAAAAGGGGAAAUAGUGGUAAUCAAAGUAUGCAUCUCUCUAUAAAGAUGUAAAACUGGAAUUGUGUGAUAUUUAAAAUAACACGUCGAACCUCAUACUUCUUAAGGGAAGUUGUUGUCUACUAAUUGAAAAUGACAGAACCCAAUUGCCAAUAGAUAUAUUUGUUAGGCAGCGCCAGUUUUUCUUUCCGAGUCGCGAACGCUGUGCGUUUGUCAGAAUGAAUUAUACAAGUCAGUGUUAUUUUUUUCUUUUGAUAUAAUAAUUAUAUAACUUAUGCAUUUAUACACUACGAGUUGAUCUCGGCCAACCAAAGACAUAGAAAAGGACAAUCAGAAAUACUGUGGCCUUGAACUUUAACUCUGUAUGCUUCAUGUUUACAUUAUGAACUUAACUAGUACUUAGAAAGCAGAAUGUAUGUAAUAAAAUAAGCUUGGCCUAGCAUGGCAAUUCAGACUCUCA